CUUGCCUAGUUAAAUAAAGGUUAAAUUAAAAAACAACUACCAAACGCUGAAAAAAACGAAGGAACCAGCGAUAUUUAUAACUAGUUCAUCAAGAUAACUAAUCUGUGUAUUUUACAGUGGGAGUAAAUAAAACACAGUGGGCAGAACAAGCAAGGAGUUGGGCAAAGCCAAGCACGAGCUCACGAGAUCCUAUUGGCUCGUUGUAGCAUGUAUUUGCAUAUCUUAAAACUUUGACAUAGCGUCAAGUCUAUGAAACUUAGUGAACUUGUUCGUAAAAUAUUUUAGUUUUGGGAACAGAAAAAUGUAUUGAGAUCAGAUGUUUAAUCGAUGAGAAAAUUACCUGAAUGUCGGCCCAGUUUUACCUAGUUCCAUCCUCUCACUACKCGCGACUGGACUUCCUCUCACUACCAUAUUUGGUGUUGAGAAAACGUUCUGAACGUACGCUUCAGCGUUAUAGCCCCUAUGACUUGUCUGAGUUAACCCUUCGUUUGCGCCAUAAACAUCUAUUUGACUUCAAGGUAUUGCAUUCUGGGAACCGAUGUUAUUUUAUCCCGCGUCUUUUCUGUUCUCUAACGACUUGUCCAUUAGAAGAGAACACUACUUCCCAUAAUGCAAAUGUAGUCCCCCCCCCCAGUCAAAGUUGGUCCGUCUGCUGUGAAAUGAAAUUGGAAAAUGAGAGCAGCGAAAGGAGUAACCGAGGAGAUAAAAUUGAAAAUAUUGCACAUUGACAUCAAAUAUGCGACAGUACCGCAGUUGUAUUAGCGACGGUUCGUUAUGACAAACGUUGCACGGUGUUCUGUCUUGCUCCGUUUUUGUUAGCUAUAUGGAUGUUGAACUAGCUGGCUAGCCACCUCCCUGUCACGAGCAACGCCGGGGUGUAUUCUUCGUUUAGACUUCGGUUCAUCACCGUACUGCAUGUUGCAGUGGCCGAAAGGAGGGCCAGGGCUCGGUUAUAGCAUUUGAGAUUCACCGCUGUACAAGAGCAUCAGUUCACAACAUUUGUCAACAAUGCACAACUCGUUGCAAGCUAUAAUUAUUGCCAUCUUUUAUGCAAGUUAGCCAGUCAGCAGUUAAUAUUAUGGCACAGUACAGAAAUUAAUAGCCAGUAACAUUUCAUUGCCGUGGUACAAGUGCAGGUGGUGCAUUCCGAAAAGUGAUAAGGGAUCAUACACGGCAGGAUGGAGCGAGGAGGCACCAUGGAGCGAGCAGGUAGCAUCCAGCUGGACGUCCCUGAAUUUAGCAACUCUGUGCUGUCCCAACUGAACCAGCUGCGUAUGCAGGGGCGGCUGUGCGACAUAGUGGUGAACGUGCAGGGCCAGAGCUUCCGUGCUCACAAGGUUGUGUUGGCUGCCAGCUCCCCUUACUUCCGAGACCACAUGUCACUGGGCCAGAUGAGCACUGUGUCCCUGUCAGUCAUCCGCAACCCCUCGGUGUUUGAUCAGCUCCUCUCAUACUGCUACACCGGGAGGCUGUGCCUGCAGCUGGCCGACAUCAUCAGCUACCUGACGGCCGCCAGCUUCCUGCAGAUGCAGCACAUCAUUGACCGCUGCACGCAGAUCCUGGAGGGCAUCCAUCUAAAGAUCAGCCUGGCGGAGGAGGAGCUGGGGGCCGGAGGGGGGCACAGGGGGGCUGGGAGCUUGGAGGAAGGAGGAGGAGGUGGGGUAGGAACAUCAGGGUGCUCCGUAAGCCCGCGCCACAGCAGCCCCAGGGUUCUGGGCCCUCAAGGAAGCAGAACCCGAGGUGCCAUGGAUAUCCGAGAGGUGGGAAGCCCAGCGGGGGAGUCCAUGAGCCCCCAGAUGGUGGAGCACAGUGGGCUGGGCCCGGAGGGUCUGCCUGGGGGGGUGGAAGUGGGCAGCAGGCUGGGGAAGAAGCCCAUACUGCGCAUCAAUCGGGCCGGCCAGUGGUACGUGGAGGCAGAGUCGGAGAGGGGGAGCGGCGGUGAAGAGGGGGAGUCAAUGAGGGUGGUGGAUGGUUUGAGGAUAAAGACGGAGAGGAUGGAAGAGUGGACGYGGGUUGAUACCCAGGAAGAAGGGAGCGGGGCGGAAGAGGGAGCAGCCAUGAUGAUUGACACGUCCGGGUGCAGCUCGCUGGUGCAGGAGGGUAUUGUCACGGGGGCCAAGAGCUCUCAGCCCUCCAGCAGCUUCAGUGAGACUGAGAGGUUUAGUCCUACUGGCAGUGUGGUGGUGAUGGCAGAGAGACCGAGAGCCAAGAGUGAGUCACCCAGCAGAGUAGACGACCAGUGCCAUCCCAACUCGCAGGGGGAGGAGCAGGCUGUGUUGGGCGGCUACGAGGAGUACCUGCGUGAACAGGUGGCUGACCGCUGGUGCCACUACAACCCUCGACUCACCUGCAUCUACUGCUGCAAGUCCUUCAACCAGAAGGGCAGCCUGGACCGCCACAUGAGGCUGCACAUGGGCAUCACACCUUUCGUGUGCCGCAUCUGUGGCAAGAAAUACACCCGCAAGGACCAGCUCGAGUACCACAUCCGCAAGCACACAGGAAACAAGCCCUUCCAUUGCCACGUCUGCGGGAAGAGCUUCCCCUUCCAGGCCAUCCUCAACCAGCACUUCCGCAAGAACCACCCGGGCUGCGGCCCUCAAGAGGUGGCCCACAGCGCCUCCCCAGAGACCACCACUGUCUCUUCCCGGGGGGGGCAGAACGAGGAGGGGUCGCCCAGCCAGGAGGAGCCAGAUGGGGGUGGAGGUGGGGCCUCUUUCAGAGAGGGUGUCCAGGCCUCUGUCUCCACCACUGGGCCUGAUUGACCCAGUGGACCAGGGAGGGAGAUGGUUGGGGUAUAGGAGGACAGGGUAUAGGUUAGGUUAAUGGUUUGUACUCUCCUGCCAGGGGAGGAAAGACAAUGUAUGUUGAAGUUGCUUCAAAGGAAAGGAUAAAAAGGGGGAGGUCAGAAGGUCAAGUCCAUCCAGGGUGGGAUUUUUAUAAGCWUUUUUUUUUUUUAUCCUUCGACUAAACCGCAGGGACAGGAGAACGAAGCAACAGAGUAGUUUGAUAUGGCACUUCGUAAUAUGUCGUUAUUUAUAAAUGAUAUUUCCGCUUUAAACCAUAUCUACCUUCACAAUACAAACAUGAACAGAUUAAGCCAACACAUGAAGAAAUGCCACACACUCCCAAUAACCUCACAACACUGAAUGCAGUGGUUUUUAUUUGACUAUUUUCUUAUGUUAGUUUUAUUAUUUUGUAUAAUAACUACAUACAAUUUCAAUUCUUGCAUUUUGUCUUGAGACAAUCUUGAACAGAUGGGGGUCAGUGAUAAUCAGACUCUUCUUCAUACAUUAUAUGGGCAAUUCCACGGUUACUCAUGGUUUUCACAUAAAAAUGUAUGUCAAACAAAAAGCAAUGGUUGCAAAGUUAA